AUGGUCAAAGACCCGCUGAUCAUCAUGGCCGCUUAUGAAGGCAACCUGGACCGCUAUCUCCGCUUGCGUCGGCCGCACAUGAUCAUGGGCGAGCACGGCGCCGUCCUUCGCGGGAUAUACCACAACACCACAUUUGCCAAGUGGUGGUCGCUUCAGCCA